CCGAUCCGGUGGCUCUUCUUCUUCCUAUCAUUUGUUAUUACCGCCGCUGCCACCAUCGCUGCCCUCCUCCAGGCCCGCACCCUGCCUCGCCGCCGCCGCUGGACCCGGUUCCGCCACCACCCGCCCCGUCACCCAGGUCUGCCAGUGUCUCCCUGUGGCCAUGCACUGCUGCUUGUCCCAGCCAGCUGUCCCAGGGCCAGUGUGUCUGUGAUGCCCUGCCUGUCAUUUUCCCAGGGUCCCAGGAACACAUGCUGAGCCCCACCCCUACAGGACAUGGGGUGAAGCAGUGCUUCCUUCCCGCAGGUCCCAAAUCCAGACAAAUUCUCAGGAAGCAGGAAAACACAGGCAGGUGAAGGGGCACUGUCAGGCCACCGCUAACCUCUCCCUCCACUUCUUACAGGUCUAACGCCUCCAUUCCUGAACGUAAGUAGCCUCCAGGUGCCGUGGCACAGGGAUGGUGGUGGGAGCUGCUUGGUUCAUGCCAAGCCCAUGUUAGACCCAUUGGUGCCUGGCAGGCAGCCGGGGUGUGUUUUUUCAGCUCAGACUGCCACAGUUGUAGAGUUCAAAGCCUUCCCUCUGGCUUUUCCUGGUGGAAACCCAGGUUUGCUUCUGUGUUUUAAAGCAGAAGCUGUAUUUUCUGCUGACAGGGUGGAAAUCAGUCCUUUCAGCUCACCAAGGGAGGAGGCUCUGUGGGUGGACCAUGGGUGUUUCUCAAAGACCCCAAGCCAGAGGCAAUGAUAACAGUGAGGGGCUGUGAUGCUGCAUCUCCAGUGUCCUCUUGCUAAGAGGAAGAGAAUGAUGUUAGGUGACUGUGACAGUUUUUUGGUUGGGGCGGAAGGAACAAGAAUGUGAUAUAUAGGGAUGCCUCAUGAGUGUCAUGUCUGUAAUAUGAUGAUGAAGCCAUGGUAGAUGAUUUUAAUCUUCUGGGCUGACGCAUGUCCCUGUGGCCUUGCCUUGCAGAGUUUGAUGGAGAAUCGGUCGGAUGACAGCAGGAACUGUUGUUAUCACCGGGGGAAUCCUAGCGACAGUGAUCCUACUGUGCAUCAUUGCUGUGCUCUGCUACUGUAGGCUACAGUACUAUUGCUGCAAGAAAGAUGACUCUGAUGAGGAAGAGGAGGAGGAGGAGGAUGAAGAGGAAGAGCCAGACCUUCCCACACACUCACACCUCGGCAUGUGCAACGCCUGCAGCUCCCACAUGGUGGACGGCCAGGGAAGCCCUGCACCCCCCGCCAGCGAGCUCAACCAGCACGGGGCUCACAACUACUGCCCGACCUGCUCCCCCUACAGCUCCCCCUUUUACAUCCGGACUGCCGACAUGGUGCGCAACGGGGGUGAGAGGGUCACCUACACCCCUGCAUGCUACAAGGAGAUGGGGCCACCCAUCAACAUGGGCACCCUGCAGAGCUACCUGGUGAGCCGCCACAGUCUCCUCCGAGAGAGCUUCCCAAACCCACGGGCUAUCAGCACGGAGGUGUAGUCACCGUUGCCACUAGCACAGGGUGUUCUCAGCUGGCACCUGCUCGAGGGAAGGGGCUUUUCACUUGUCUUUGGAGGGGGGUCCUGCAGAAAAGACCCCAUAAGUCCAGCCCGAGACCAGCAUGGUCCUCCUGCUGAACUGCUCAGCUCAGCUGAGUUUUAUGAGCAAGAAGACAAGAGAGACCUCAAAUGACAACAUUGAACCGGUCACCUCCGAACCCAUCAUAAGUGUCAUUAUAUUCUACUCUAUCUCCUGAGGGGACUUGUCUAAUGAGGGCUAUGUACAGUACAACCUAAUUUAAUUACCCCAGGCUCCCCAGUUCCCCAGGCCUAGAGCAAGCCAUUGCGUUUCCCCACUCAGCCACCCGAGGCGAUGCCCACCACCUGUAGCACACAGAGCGAUACAUGACCACCCACUGGCUGCUGCCCCUGGCAAAUCCCACUGCUGAGCUGGGAAUGGCAGCACUCCUGGCCAACAGGAAAGCAAAGAAGGGAAGAUCCAGAUCAUCCUGCUCCCCUUGUACUGAGUUAGUUGCCGCUAGCAGUUAGCUUUCAUGUUCGAGUGUAAGAUACGACACCUUCUACCACCCGCUUCGGUCUUUGCACAUUCUGAAGAAGUUCAAGACAUGAGUUUAUAUCACUGCCGAGGGAGGCAAAGUUGCUCACAAAACCAUUCACCCACACAAGUGGUCACAGGAUGAUCUUUCUGCAGCCAAAGUACCCCCCUCUUUCACUCUUCACAAGGUUUUUUAGGAGUGAUUUUAACUUGGACACAUAAAAAUAGCAAAAUUUUUCUUAUGGGAAGAAUUGCAUCCCGAAAUAACUGCAGUAUUGGUCAUCUUCAGCUUUCAAAGACCUAGCCAGGCCACCCUUACAGCUCGACAGCCACAGGAAGGUUGGCUGUAGGAUGGCUUUUGCUUUCAACAUCAACAGCAGAAACCACCAGGUCACAUCUCCUCCUCUGAGGAGCCCACAAACUGCAAUGGGAAAGAUGAGAUGUUCCAUUGGUCAGGAUCCCCUCUUCUGCUUUUGGAAGAAGAGGGUGCAAGACCCAAACUCGGGUUCACUGGCUCUGUGGCUGGUAAUGACAGCCAGUGACUGCCUUUCUGCAAAAAAUGAAUGUGGGAAGUUCCUUCUUCCUCCAUAAAUCAGAUUAGGUGAAAAAUUACUCAAAGGACAUCUCCAUCAUUCACAGACACUUCCGUAGCAACUGGUGCAGGACUGCUCAGCUGAGCACUUCACAGGCAAUGCGGGAGGAAGGACCAGGACAGCAACGAUUCCCACAGCCCUGCAGAUGCUGUUGGAGGCAGUGAUAGGAAAUCCUUGCCAUUGCCUUUGCAAUAUAGGGUACCACUGCUCAGAAAUCUGAGUGGUGGGUUGGAUUUUUUCACCACUGCAAUUUAGAAAUCAUCCUGCUGCUAAUAGAAGGAUUUGGACUUAACUCCCUGUUCAGGCACAGAAAAAAAUAAGUCUUGGCAUAGAGGCACGCGCUGCAUGAGUCUUGAAUGUCUACUUUAUCAGGCAAAAGGCUAAUUUACACUUUGGGCCUGCCCGUGCCUUGGCACCUCUGCACCAACUACCCAAAGAAAGGAGACAGACGAAUGCCAAAUAUGGUGACAGUCAUAGUAACCAAACACCUUGUCCCAACCUGCAUUUUACACAGCCUUUUGUGCAAACUUUAUGCACCAUCUUCCCUACCUCCAGCCCAGAAAGUCAUUGUAUUUCCAUUAUUCUGAGACUCAGCCUAACUGCUGUGCUUUUAGAGUCUCCUUCCAUUCUCCAAAUAGUGAUACCAGGUUUUAAAUGUCUUCUCACAUUAAGGGCAGGCAGGCAGGAAGACCAAAAUUAUCAGCAGCAAAGCUGUUUGGAUCCCACUGGGCAACAGUUCAUGCUUCCCAUCCAGCUGGUAUUCCUCCCUGAAAACAAAGUCUGUAACUGCAAAAAAUAUCUUGACUAAGUUGGUAAAUCCCAUCCUUUUCCACUAGAGCAUCUGCUCAACUAGGUCUCAUCCUGCUGGAAGCCACAAGAAGUUAGUGUGUCCCAGCGUGAUCUGCGGGCUGCCACCUGCACAGCUCCACCAGACGGCCCUGAAAUGCCACUGCCUCAAAGGACACAGAGAGCCAGCUCAUAGGCACAGCAGCUCCCAGCAUCCAAUUCUACCUCUUGGCAUGCAGCAAGGCUUCCCACCGCAACGACAGCAUGUGCUGGGCCGUGACCUCUGGAGGGUGGGAAUAACACAGGGGCUUUUGCUUCUGUGGGUCACCCUUCUGGUGAAGACAACUGCAUCAUCCUCACAUGCACAUUGAGCGUGACCCAUCACUGGCUAACGAGGUGCCAAGGCUGGCAGGGCAGUUCCAGAAUAGCUGGAUGGCCAAGAAGAGGGUCAGCCUCACAGGCAACACAACACCCUGGGUCUGGCACAGCUACAGGGAAACAGGUGAGUCUGAAAGGGCUGGAAACACAGGAAAUGCAGCUGUGGGUUCGAAGGUUUUGGGGAUGGUGGAGGAACAGGAUGGGGUAGAGGCAGGGAUCCCAGAUUUUUUCAACUUCAGAUUCCUCCUGGUAUUAUUCUGUGUCUUUGUUGCUCAGCUAUGGGUCCAAAUUAAAUGUCAGAAAUA